CUUCUUUAGCUGGUUUGUCACUGACUCAGUAGUAUCACAGCAGUUAGCCAAACGGCAUCUAGAACACACAGACACACAGCAAGAGUGAGGACGUAACAAGGGAGAGUUGCAAGAGAGAAGCAAAGAAAGCCUCUCUUCUCUGUUUCCUGGUUGUUUUGUGUCCCUGAUAUGACCCUGUUCAGCCCAAGAUACAUAAGCAUGAGUGGAGAGUUGAAGUCCAGCCGCUCCAGGGCAGCGAGUAAGAGAGCCAGCAACACCACUUAUGGAUCUGAGUUCGACCUGGACUAUGACAGCUACCACGAGGACUACUAUGACAGGGCGUAUGACUACCAGCGUGUGCCAGCCUCCUUGUCUCCUCUGCCCCUGGGACCCAGUCUGGCUAAGCGAUCACGUUCCUCCUCCCACUCCUCUGGGCACAGACGCAGUCGAGACAGAACCCACUCCAAAAGCUCCAGAGCCCAAUCCUCUAAUUCCACCACAGCCAAGUUGGGCAUGAAGGAGUUGCAGGUGAUUAAAAAGGAGCUGACUCUGAUAAAGACACAGAUCGAUGGGCUGCUUGACAGUCUUGACAGGAUGGACACACAGAGGAAUGACCACAAAGGGUCUCCCCUGAGAGAGGACAGUCCAGCUGGCUCACCGUACGCUCUGUCUGCCAGCAGCCCCGAGCACUCCCUCUCCUCCCUCUCUCCACCCAGCUCCCGCCAUCGAAUCCACAGGGAGAAACCUGACCAGAGGGAUGAUGAUGACCACCACACGAUGAGCAACCACAGCUCUGACCCUGAGGAGGAAAUAUGAGGAAGGAACACUCUAACACACAGAAGACAUGGAAUAAGUGCCAAACAUGGAGGAAGAGAACAACAACACCUAAACCAACACUCAUGUCAGAGGCUCAACUCCCUUCAAACAGGGUGUACAUAUCAGACAACACAAUACAUUUAAUAGUGUUAUAGCAGCUUGGUUUCAUUUACUUCGAGUAAAACUACAACACUGACAGAGUUGACUUUUAUAAACUGAGUACAUGCACAUCUGAUUGACUACAAUUUGUUAUGUAAGCCUAAUUAUAAAGGAUGUGUUAUGUUUUACUUUGGUGCUCAAGCAGCAGGCAUUCCUAUCAAUUUGUAUAAGAGGGUUUGCACCAACACAUAUUCCAGUAUUAAUCCAAAUACUACAGUGUUAAUCCAAAUGAGACAAACAGACAACUUUGUUUAAGCAGCUUACCAAUUUAUCCUGUCCAUAUUUAAAACCUUCGUCUAAAACAGGCAGCUUGCCAUUAACAAACUGUACAUACUCAAAUAAUUGUGUUUCUGUUAGAGGUAAUACAAUGUUUCUGCUGUUUCACCAGUUUCUCCCAAAAACGGAUUUCUUACAUUUGGAAUUAGCUAGAAUAAAACAACACAGAACCAGAAAUAUUGAUGCAGCACAGGGGUUAUAAACCAUUUAACAAGAUUACAUGAUUAUUAUUAUUUUAAGAAUUAGGGUAUAUCUGAAAAAUGAUGUGCAUGUACUUAGAAACUACAAGCUUUUCUGUGAUUACCAAACUAUUUUUGACAUGUCAAGAGAAAAGAAAUCACUCUCAAAUUUGAUAUUUCAACAAUGCUUUUUGUUAAUGCUCACUUUUACUCUUUGUUGUAUUCUUCUAAGAAAUCAGAAUUGAAUCAAAGUAAAUCAGAGUGAUAUUGAGAGAUGAUAUACAGAAUGAUCAUACAGGAGAGAAACAAGUUUUUUUCUGGUAUCAGAGUAAUACUUCUCUACACCAAUGUCUUUUUCUGUACGUAUUAGUUGAGUAUUACAACUCUUUUCCACCAUGUAUUUGGCACUUUUAAGACAUGCAAAGGCCCAGGUCUGUAUCUAAUAUUGUGUAUUAUUGUAAACUUUACUGUAAUUGAUGAACUGUCUGAUUUUAUUCUUGUUUUAGGACUUCUCAUGUUUUUUUUUU